UUCACUCGCACUGUGGCUGGCGCGGAGUUUGUGUGUCAUGUGAGCUGAGCAUAGAUUUCGUCACGAGUCAUAUCAGUAGCACGAUACGGCCGCGCUCACUUGGUUGGGUAUCGGUGGUGGUGGCCAGCAACUUUGCUCUUAAUCGCGUUCCAUUUCUGUAUCUACGCGGUAGCACAUUUUCGAUUUCUCAAUGAAACGGUUGGCGACAACAAUUUAGUGCAGCUACGCGAUUUGUGAAUGUGUUUCGGAAAAUGUAAUUAUCUAAAGAAAGAUAAAAGUUAAAAAAAAAAUUGUGUUUGUGCAAUAGUUUUUCCAAUAUUUCCGUGCUUUUUUCAUGUAGCGCCACACUGCUACGCCCUCCUCAUCCAUAUUGUGUGAGGGUGUGUGUGUGCCCUUUGUUUGUAAGAAAUUCACCAUAGUACAAAGCAUAGCAAAGUGUCGUCUUGUGGGCUUAAUUUAUACACAUAUAAGUACAUACAUACAUACGCACGAAUUCUUGCGUGUAACUGCAAUUUUAUGCGAUUUUCUCCAGCAUUCCAUUUUAUUUUUGUGCAAAUCGGUCGGUGUAUCACUGCAAGUAAAAAUAGUACCAACGCCAUAUACUGGAAAAAAUACUACGCUUGACUUUGUUGCUAGUAUAGGCGAACACCCUUUUCGUGCUGAGACCUUUUCGUGUCAAGUUCGGUUGUAAGAUUUUCAGCAAUAUUUUCUGCAUCUGUUAGAUGAAAACAGUUGCAGCAACACUGCGGCUAAGUUAGUUGUAAAAUUUAUUAUUAAAAUGAAAAUAAAAAUGUGCUUUUUCAUUUUUAACUACUCGCAGCGAGUAUAAGCUAUCAUAAAAGUGAUUAAAAGUUGUAAUUUUACCUGUGCAAAUGAAAUUGAUAUCUCACACAAUUUUUUUACUUGUGAAAAAAGUUGAAAGUGCGAAAAUACACUCAGUCACAGCAACUGCCUCAAUUCAAGGCUAAUACGGAUACACAAAUGUGCAUUGCAGUGUACUUGCUUCAACGUUUGCGGAAUGCAAAUAUGGAAAAAAUCAACAAUUCUUUUCCUACAUUCUAAUCGUCUAAAAUAAAGGCCAUAAAUCAAACUAAAUUUCUAUAAAAUCAAAACUCAUUAAACGAAAAGGCUAAGUUUAUCAUAUCGAUUUAAUGCAUCAGUGCGCAUCAAAUUUAUUUAAAGAGAAACUAAGCGAUAACAGCAACUACAACAGCAAAAUUAAAGUGAAGUAAUUAUAGAGAUUCGUAGUAUUGAUGACGGCCCAUUAACACCGCAAACGAACGCGUAUACCAGCAGAUUUGCAAAACACCUUUCGCACAGCAAAUCGCCGCAAUAUUCAGGUGUUUGGUGAAGGAAAGAAAGGAACUCUUGAACACGACAAACAAAUUGUAUUGUAAGUCUGCGCGCCUAAAUGUAUUGCAAAAAUAUAUAACAAAUAGUCUUAAAAGUCACACGCACACACAGAAACGCUCAUAAAUGUGGUAGCUCUUAUUGUUGUUGUUGGUGGUGGUGGUGGUGUUGCUUACGUACAUACAUACGUGUUAGUGCAUUUUAACUAGGAACCCAGAAGAAAUAAAGCAAGAAAAGGCCACUCUCCCAACUGGCUUUCUGGCCGCUCAGCCUACUGCGGUGUACUUCCCCAUCGAACGCUAGAGCAAAGCUUUUCAUGCAAUGGGUGCAAACGUGUCGCAACUGGAGCGUGAGAUCGGCUCUGAGCUCUUUCCGCCCAACGAACACUACUUUGGUCUGGUGAAUUUCGGCAAUACGUGCUAUAGCAACUCCGUGCUGCAAGCGCUCUACUUUUGCAAGCCAUUUCGUGAAAAAGUGCUCGAAUAUAAGGCAAAGAAUAAGCGCCCCAAAGAGACACUGCUCUCCUGCCUUGCGGAUCUCUUUUACAACAUUGCCACGCAGAAGAAAAAAGUCGGUUCGAUUGCGCCUAAGAAGUUUAUUGCGCGUCUACGCAAAGAGAAAGAGGAAUUUGACAAUUAUAUGCAACAGGAUGCGCAUGAGUUUCUCAAUUUUCUCAUCAAUCAUAUCAAUGAGAUCAUCUUGGCUGAACGGCAUGCCAGCAAGAAUGGGAAUAACUUGAAUGGUAGCAGCGCCGUCGGCGGCGGCAGCGGCGGCGGCGGCGGCGGCACCUCCACUGCCAGUAAAUCCUCUUCGUCCACCAGCACAUCGACAACUGCCUCGAAUUCAACGUCCAACGGCAACUGUACAAACUCCUCGGGUUCGUUAAAUGGCGUAGGUGUCGGCAUAGGCAUCAGCGACCACGCUUCAACACCGACACAAUCGAACGCCGCCAACACGGAACCCACUUGGGUGCAUGAAAUCUUUCAGGGUAUACUAACAUCGGAGACACGCUGCCUGAAUUGCGAGACGGUUAGCAGCAAGGAUGAGAACUUCUUUGAUCUACAAGUCGAUGUGGAUCAGAAUACCUCGAUUACGCAUUGCUUGCGCUGCUUCAGCAACACCGAAACGCUUUGCUCCGACAACAAGUUCAAGUGCGACAAUUGCUGCAGCUAUCAGGAGGCGCAGAAGCGUAUGCGUGUCAAGAAGUUGCCGAUGAUAUUGGCGUUGCAUCUGAAACGCUUCAAGUAUAUGGAACAAUUUAAUCGACACAUAAAAGUGUCGCAUCGCGUGGUAUUUCCACUUGAGCUGCGACUAUUCAACACCUCUGACGAUGCCGUUAAUCCGGAUCGCUUGUACGAUCUAAUGGCCGUCGUCAUACAUUGUGGAUCAGGACCGAAUCGUGGACAUUAUAUUAGCAUUGUUAAAAGUCAUGGACUCUGGCUGCUGUUCGACGACGAUAUGGUGGAUAAAAUUGAGGCAUCAACUAUUGAGGACUUCUAUGGCCUGACAUCGGAUAUACAAAAGUCAUCGGAGACGGGAUAUAUAUUGUUCUAUCAAUCGCGUGACUGCGCGUCAUCGUAGAGAGACUUUGUGCUUUUAAGGAAUUGGCGAAGAAGGAAGAUGAACAACAUGAAUUUAUAGAUUUCAAAAAAUAUGGUUUAUCAAUAGCAAUUUUCUAUAGAAAAUAAGAUGGCUUAAAGAAACUAUAAAAACCAGUUAGGAAAUACUUUCUGAUUAUGUCUUACUAACUUUCAAUUAAUAAAUUAGUUAAUAAAAAAAUAUUAGUACAUGUUGUAGCAUACCCUUAGGAUGUGAUAGAAAGCAGUGAGAGUGAAGCAGUUUUGAUAUCUCAUUGAUCUGUCAGCACAUAAUUAGUUCGCCCAGAAGUUUGCUUUAAAGGAAGCCGUAUUUUGUAUGUAACUGCGCUUCGUGUUGCUUUCUGACAGCUGAUAGCCCCUAUUUUCGCCACGAAUCAUAAAAGUAUGCAACACAAACACACAUAUAUUCCCUGUAUCGACUGUCGCUUGAACUAUAAAGCAUGUUUGAUAACUGGUUCGUGAGUUUUCCAAUAAUUCAGUAUAUAUCAAGCAAUUCUUAGACUACGUUAUUCAGUUUUGAGAAAACUAAUAGCACUUUUACAUAGCUAUCGUGUUGAAAUUAUAUUAUUUUCUCUUUGUCAAUUAUUAUGUAAUGAUGAACUAAUUAUAAUUGUUUUCGAUUGAUUAUGUUUAGUUAGUUUUCCUUCAAUUAUUUAUGUUCGUACAUAAUGUUAACAGUUUGUGUGUUUUUUUUUCGAGGUAAAUGUAUAUCUUUUGUAAGCCAAUUUAUUACUGUCUUGCUUUGCUUGCAAAAAUUAUUGCCGAUCAUGUCUUAAUUGUCUACAAAAAAAAA